CCUCCCUGCUGUCCAGAGCUGAGAGCAGCUGCAGCUGCGGGUGAAAUGCUGCCACUUGCUCUUGCUCUCCUCGUGCAUCAUCUCCUCACUAUCUUCUCACCAUCUUUUCACCAUCCUCCUCUCACCAUCCUCUCCUCACCGUAUCCUCACUAAGUCCAGACCCCUCUGAAGAAGAAAGAUGGUUCCACUGGUUCUUCUGGUUUUAGUUCUUAUAGGAACUUUGGAGACGGGUCAGACAGUGGCUGAGGAAAACUCUCUCCUUAAAGAUUCAUCUCCAUCCAUCCACAACCCGGCAUCAGCCCUCAGAACCAGCAGAACCGAAGAUCUGGAGAUGGAGCGUUCCUCAGUUUCACACCUGGAGAAGCAGCACAGGAGAGUUCCCAGAGGUUCUGGAAAGGAUCGGAAACAGAAGCACAAGGAACACCAAGUGCUUCAUAACCAGAGGCUCUCGAGGCCGUUUGACCCGGAAGGUUACUUCACCACCCCGAGAGUCUUUAAUGGGUCUCUUCUGGUCCACAAUCCGCUGUACCCCGUAACCGACGACUCGUACGGAGCCUACGCCGUCAUGUUGCUGUCUCUGGUGGUCUUCGCGGUUGGGGUGGUGGGGAACCUGGCGGUCAUGUGCAUCGUCUGGCACAACUACUACCUGAAGAACACCUGGAACUGCGUUCUGGCCAGCAUGGCAUUCUGGGACUUCAUAGUGCUCUUCUUCUGCCUGCCGGUGGUCAUCUUCAAUGAGCUGACCAAGAGGAGGCUGAUGGGGGACCUGUCCUGCCGACUCGUCCCGUACGUGGAGGUGACCUCUCUGGGCGUGUUCACCUUCAGCCUGUGCGCUCUGAGCAUCGACCGUUUCCACAGGCUGACCGGCGCCCCCUCCAGGCCGCUGCAGCAGCAGCAGGUGGAGUCGUGCGGUUCCAUCGUGGCGAAGCUCUCCGUGGUUUGGUUCGGUUCUCUGCUGUUGGCCAUUCCUGAGCUUCUUCUCUGGCAGAUGGACAGCGAGGUCUCCGCGGUGUCCGGUCUGCCGGUGGACUCCUGCGCCCGGCGGCCGGCGGCGGCGCUUCCCGAGGCCGUGUACUCCCUGGUUCUGACCUAUCACGAGGCUCGCAUGUGGUGGAGCUUCGGCUGCUUCUUCUGCCUGCCGCUGCUGUUCUCUCUGGCCUGCCGGCUCCUCACCAACCACAUGGUGGAGGAAAACUUGAGGCAGACCCGCCCUUCAUCAUCGUCAUCUUCCUCAUCCUCCUCUUCCUCACUGAAGAAGAAGAAGAAGCGAGGAUUGGAGGAGCAGAUGAGCCGCAUGCUAACCAUGCUAACGAUAGUUUACGGCUUGUGCUGCCUGCCCGAGCACGCCUGGAGCAUAGGCCUGACGUACGCUAGUCUGCAAAUCAGCAAGAACACGUUAGCCCUCUUGGCUCUGAUUGGCCAGUUUCUGAUGUUCGCGCGAGCCGCGGCCACGCCCAUGCUAAUCCUCUGCGCUAGCCGCUCGCUAGGCCGCAGCUUUGUGGACUGCUGCUGCUGCUGCUGUGAGGAGUGUCUGCCAGACCGAGCUUCGUCGUCGUCGUCAUCGACGUCUUCGUCCACCACGGCAACCGCCAUGUCCUCCUCGCCGUCCUCUCCAGCUUCCGUAAACGAAGAGAAGCUGCAAAUCGUCUCCGGCACGACUCCGGCUAACGUCUUCUUCGAUAAGGUUAAAGACGGAUCUGCGGAGAUGGCGAUCGGGACUCCAUGCUGAGUGGAUCACGGAUUAAAGCGAUAGUUCAGUGGACACCACCUUACCGCAGAUGUAGACGAUUAGCCUAGAUGCUAAAGGUUCUUUAGUGUGGCACUAGAGGAAGAGCCACAUGGCUAAUGUGGGUAAUAAUUCCCUUCAAACCUAAAUGUGAUUCUGAUAAACAUACAUCAGAAACCUCAUUAAAAGGUCUAUUAGAGAUUAUUUAAAGGGAAAUUAUUUGAAGAACACAUUAAAAACAAUGAGGAAUUGAUGUGAAAUUGUGGUUCAUUUUAGAGAAACCUGUUAACUCUGUCAAUGGUUUCUAAUUUAAUUUACUUUCCAAACACAACAGUGAACCUACAGUAUAUACUACAGUUUUCUGAAAGGUAAAUGCAGUGUUGCUGAUGGUACAAUAGCAGCAAAUCUGGAAAAACAACUUUUUGGAAGGACUAUUUUUUGCAACACAAUACUCUGCAUAUAUCCUUCCACCACUUUAAUCAGAAGCGAUUUUUAAAAUCCAUUUUUAAACCCAAAAUCUUCUUACAACUUCUGUAAAACAUCAGGCAGUCUGUGUAAUGAUUUCAGAGGUUCUGAUGUUUGCUUCCACUCUCCACCGCCUUGAACAAUUCUGAUUGGGUAAAAUUUGCCAGGGAUGUUAUUAACAAGGAAACCAGCAACGUAUGAAGUCCCGCCCUUCAACAAAAAGAGCCAAUCAGCUUGCUGCUAAUGCUGCAAGCAAUUGAAACUUGAGGGGAAAUUGAUAGAAGGGAAACAUUCCUCUUGAUAUGGAGAUCUGCGCAAGGGCAGUAGCCAGAACAAGCUGAAAUAUCACAUUGUUUGUGCAUUAUUGGGUUAAAUGCUACAAACGCUUCAUGAUGAUUAAAAAAAAAGCAUUUAUUAGUCAUUUAAAAUUGUUAUUAAUUAAAAUGGUAAUUUGAGCUUGAGGUUUCAGUAUUUUCAGUAUUUUCAAGUCAUUAUCCUACAUUAUCCUCAUAGCUCCAGUGCUAAACUAAAGAAGCAUCUAAUCGACUGCUACUGAAAACCGGUGGGAAAUUGGAGGAGAAUGGAUCCACUGAACUGUUUCUUUAACCUAUAAGACUUGUUUAUCCUGAAAUAGUUGCUGAAAUGGAAGAACGUACCUCUGGAAGGAAUCACCAGCUUGUAUUGGGACUAUGCCAGUAUCAGUUCCUUCAAAACUGUGUACGUUUCCACAUCUUUAUGUCAAAGUAUACAGUGUAUAUCUGUAAAAAUGGGCUGUGAACGAAUGAAUGCAGUGUUGUAUUGUUUAUUAGGCCUUAUUUUGAGACACACAGAACCAUGCAUUGACCUUGUCCCAUUACUCACACUUGCACCCUUCACCUCCAGCACCCAUAAUAGUUGUGCAAGGUCUUAAGCACUAUCCGGACUGGAUUAGUUUCUCAGGGGCUUCUGGGUAAUGUUCUCUUUUAUGGGGUUUUUAUCCUCUGUGAUUUUAUUCCCGUCCAGAACGAUCAUGUAGGUGUUUUUCUCAGACGUCCUCUGAUAAAUAAAUUACAGGCUGAAUUAUCUACUGUUUUUCUCUGAACUCCGUGCUUCUCCAGUAAUUUUUUUAAGCUAUUUGUCCACUGCCGCACACCGUAAUUACACUUUGGGCGUGCAUGUGUUUCCACGGAGAUCCAUGUUAAAAACACAACAGCGAGUGGAAAUGGAGGAGCUACUGAACGUGAUGUCAUGUGACCGAGAAAACCUAAAAACUCACUGGUCCUCCUUUUUUUUAAUUGUAGUCCUGUAGAUGCAGGAUUUUAUCACUGAGUAGAAGUGUGAAAUAUUUUUCACAGACGCCCCUCUGAGAAACUAAUCCGUUCUGGAUAGAGCUUUAUUUCUUUAAACUUCCCCAAGAAUAGUGCUCACUAGCACCCCUUAUGAGCACUUAAUGCGCCCCUCACGCAUCAUAUCAGUUUACAUCAUAUUCUGUGUUGUUCCUCCCUUAAAUUAACAAAGAAUCGAAGUAAAAGGAACACUUAUGAAAGUAAAAUGUUUAGUUUAAUGUAUUUUAGCAGUAUUUUGUCUUGUGUUCAGUUAGACUCUGUCGAUGCACUGUUUAUGUAUAUUUUCCAUCUUUCUGACCUUCAUCAAAGGUCAGUUUCUGACCCCAGAGCCGCUCCUGUCUGGAUACUUUUGGAUGUUGGACCCACUCUCAACUCCAGCACUACAAACUGAUGUGCCUUAUAAACUCGGACAUGUUUAUACAUGCAUUUGUCUACAUACUGUAAAUAUACAGUAGUGAUGCAUUAGUGAUGUAAUGGUACUAACACAGUAUUGAAUAUUUGAACAUUCAGGUACUUAACCCUGUACUGUAUUUUAUGUAUAUUUGUCUUUAUAUCAUUUUGUACAAUGAAUCACAAAUGCCUUAACAGA